GACGAUGUCCGCGUAAGAUUUCACAAACAGCUCCAGUUUUCCCUGUAGAAGUUUGAGGUAGCGCUUGAGGACUUCCGAGAGACCUGAGCACGUCUGCAGAGAAGAUGAGGCUUUCAAUGUGGCGUUCUUGGACAUUUUGAAAGAGAGGACGAGGACAGUCUUUUGCAGCAGUUUUGCGUUUGUCCCUCUUGUCGCGGGCAGUGGGGUCUGGCUCUGAUCUUGCCCUGCUCCCAUCCCAUGUGUGGAGCCUGUGUAGCCGCAGGAGGAGAAGAGCCGAGGACGACGAGGAGGAGGAGGAAGAGGAAGUCCAAAACCAGUUCGAAACCUGGACUACACCUAAACUCUUGUCCAGUCCUGUGUCCCUGCUGCAGAGGCCCCGUGGAGCUGCCGUGCUGGACGUGGACUUCAGCCGUCUCCAGUCUCCCGGAGUAUCCCAAAGUGAGCUCAGGACGCGCCUGUGAGGAGAGAGGGGCGGAGUCUAAUCAGAGUGAACAGGAGGAAGCUUUAAACAGACACACCACCAGCGUUACAGUAUGGGAUGGCGAUAUAGACCUUCAUGAUGAGGAGAUGAAACUGUCAGUGUAUGGUCUGCACUUUGCUUUGGACUCCUCUCACGUCCCUUCAUCUAUUUGUCUUUCCAACUCCUCCCUGACUGCAGCAUACACAGCCAAGAGUCACACCAGACCUGCUUUAUCCAAUGGUCCAGUGCAGCCUAUGCCCAUGCUGAGUGGAGAUGUUGUGCUCCGAAAAGGACAGUAUUACUGGGAGGUGGAUGUCUGUAACAGCGCCCUCUACAGGAUCGGCGUGCGCUCCCAGGACAGUUCUUGUUGCUGGUGGUUUGAAAGAAAAGGAGUGCACUUUUCCGCUGCGUACGACGGGACAGUGGAGCCCGUCUGCAGAGUCCCUCCCGGCAUCAAAACCAUCGGACUGUUCCUCAACAUCACCGGAGGAGGUUUAAGUUUCUACAACGCUCUGUCCCAGGAACAUCUCGUGACCUUACCCACGCGGUUUGACCCCGGCGGAGUGGUGCCUGCUUUUGCGUUGGGACAGGGAAGGCUGAGGAUUCGCACGGGUUUGAGCCCGCCUCCUCUGGUGUUUCACAGUAAGGACUCGGGGUACAGGGGGGCACAGGGCACUGACAGGGGAGAGUGGAGAAAAGGGGUGGCGUUUGGGUCGGUCAAAAAGGUGGUGCAGAAGUUUGAGGAGCUGGCGUUGUCACAGUAA